AUGCGUGCAAGUUGUUCAUCGAUAGUUACUGAUGAUUUUGAUGAUUUUAAUGAAAAAAAUCUUUAUCCAUCAUCAUCCUCAUCAAAUAAUUGUAUUUCAUUAAUAAAUGAUAUACAAAAUAAUGAUUUUCCAUUUUUUGAUGAUUUAAAUGAUGAAAUUUGUAAAAGAAGUGAUUCACAUUAUGAACAAGAUUUAUCACAAAAUUCUUCACAAAAAACUCUUCAUUAUGAUCCACAAUUAGCAAAUUUAAUUGAAAAUGAACUUGGUCUUAAUGAUUGUCAAACAUCAAGAAAAAAUGCUUGGGGAAAUUUAUCUUAUGCUGAAUUAAUUGCUAAAGCUAUUCAAAAUAGUGAUCAACAAAGAUUAACACUUUCACAAAUUUAUUCUUGGAUGAUUUUAUAUAUUCCUUAUUUUCGUGAUAAAGCUGAUAAAAAAAGUAGUACCGGAUGGAAGAAUUCUAUUCGACAUAAUUUAUCAUUACAUAAUUGUUUUGUACGAAUUCCAAAUGAAAUAGCUGGAAAAUCAAGUUGGUGGACAAUUGAUCAUCGUGCAAAACAAGUUCGAGGAAGAAAAAGACUUCAAUCGAAUGAAAAUUCAACAAAAUCUUCUAAAACAACAACAAAUUAUUUAAAUAAAUCAAAUUCAACUUGUUCAAAUUUAACAAAUAAUCAACAAUCAACAACAUUUACUUCUGUACGAGAUAUUAAUAAAUCUUUUUAUCAUCAUUUAUCAACACAAACAAUGCCUAAUAUUUUACAUGAUAUGUUGAAAUCAUCAUCUCCUUUACAAACAUCAAAUUAUUCAAAUUCAGUUGAUAAUAUUUAUUCAUUAAAUCCUACGAAAUGUGAAUUAAUUGAUAAUGAAUAUUAUUCAUUAAAUAAUGUCAAUGAAUAUGAAAUGAUUUCAUCAAAAUUAAGUAAACAAUUAAAAACAAUUGAUCAUUCAAAUCCAUUAUUUCGUCGAAUGGUUUUAACAAUAAUGCGUCAUCAAAUGAAUAAAUCAAAAUUAAAUAAUAAUAAUAAUAAUAAUAAUAAUAAUGAAAGAGAAAAAAUUCUUUCAACACCACCACCAUCUAUUAUUGAAAAUUCACAAUGUAAUUUUAAUUCAUCAUCAUCAUCAUCAACAACAACAACAACAACGACAACAACAUUUGAUUUUGAUUUUGAAACCAUUUAUGAUUUAGAUAAAACAACAUUUGAAGAUUCACAAUUUAAUAUUCACGAUUUAUCUCAUUUCUAA